UCUCUCUCUAGGGCUGGAGGAUGGGGCCAGGUAGGGCUGUCUCUGUGGUCCUGCUAGGGUUCACCCUCCUGGGGUUGAUCUAUGGCGUGUUGCCCUUGAACCCGGAUGACCCUAACGUGUGUAGUCACUGGGAGAGUUACGCUGUGACGGUCCAGGAGUCCUAUGCCCACCCCUUUGACCAGGUCUACUACACAAGAUGCACCGACAUCCUCACCUGGUUCAAAUGUACCAGACACAGGAUCAGCUAUAAGACAGCGUACCGUAGGGGUGGAGGACUAUGUACAGAAGGCGUUCUCAGUGUUGCCCAGGCUUCUACGAGAACGGAGACCUGUGUGUCCCUCAGUGUUCAGUAGAAUGUGCCCAUGGCCGGUGUGUGUCUCCUGAUACGUGUCAGUGUGAACCGGGCUGGGGAGGAGUGGACUGCUCUAGUGGU